AUGCAGUAUACACCAUUUGUCUCUGAUAUUGAGCUGCCAUUCUACACAGCUCUAGCCUCACACAAGAUUAAUCAUGAUAAACUGGACGACUCUGCCCGCCCGGUCCUAGGCCUGUAUGAGAUUCGCUCUACAGAUUCCGCAAAUGCUUCCUGUCGAAUGCAGAUUAAUGGGAAUGCACUUACAGGCGCAGAAGCACCCGCCGGGCUGUACCGUGCAGAAGGCAUGAUCAAAAAUGUCAAUACAAUCGAGGAAUAUCGCAAUUUGGACAAGGCUAGCAUGAUCCACCAGACUGGAAAAAUGAUCUGGGACGCUAUUAAUGACGGGACUAUAUUCUCCUGUCCCUCUUUGCUUUCGUCGUUUACCAUAUUAUCCUUUGCCGACUUGAAGAAGUACAAGUUCUACUACUGGUUUGCCUUCCCUGCCCUCCACUCCGAUCCGUCGUGGAUGGAAUCCACAUUGCCCCAGCCCAACUCCCAUCGGAGCGAAAUGACCACAGCAUCCCAAGGAGAAAUUUUAUCACCCGAUGACAACUUGGCCCUUGUGGAGGCUGUUCAAACCUGGAGCUAUGGUACAGAUGACCGACAACGGGGAUUUUUCUUGGCUCGGAAGCAAAGAAGAUCCUCUGGUUCCUUAACGCAAAGCAAAUGGCAGAUUGCAUGCUUGUCCGAAUACGAGAACGGGUUUUUCACUGGUGCCGCACUCAAGGAUCGAUAUGUAUGCUUCGCAGAUCCAUCUAAUUAUGAUACUGCCCCGGGUUGGAUGUUGCGAAACCUACUUGUAUUAAUCAAGCAACGGUGGAGGCUUGAUCAAGUUCAAAUCCUACGAUAUCGUGACGUGCAUUCAAAGCGUGAUCAAUCCAGAAGCGUAGUAAUCCGACUGGAAUUGAAACCGGGAUCGGCUCCAGACGCAACGAACCUGACGCAAACCGAGACCCAGCUACCAAAAAUAACUGGCUGGGAACGCAACCCAGCGGGGAAGCUAGCGGGCCGUGUUGUCAGUCUCACGGAUUAUAUGGACCCCAUUAGACUGGCAGACCAAUCGGUCGAUCUCAAUCUCAAACUCAUGAAAUGGCGCAUCAGCCCGACGCUCAAUCUAGAAAAGAUCAAACAUACGAAAUGUCUUCUGCUUGGUGCUGGUACGCUAGGGAGCUAUGUUGCUCGAAAUUUGUUGGGUUGGGGAGUAAAAAAAAUCACUUUCGUCGACAAAGGCAGCGUUUCAUUCUCUAAUCCCGUUCGGCAGCCGCUGUUUACUUUCACAGAUUGCCUGAAUGGUGGGGCACCGAAAGCUACUCGAGCAUCUCAAGCUCUGACUGCGAUCUAUCCUGGGGUAGAUACCAAUGGCUAUGAGAUUACUGUGCCUAUGGCCGGUCAUCCAAUCCUCGAUGAAAGUGCGACACGAGGGGACUUUGAGACGCUUAGAGGUCUUAUUGAUGAGCAUGAUGCUAUUUUUCUUCUCAUGGAUACUCGAGAGUCACGCUGGUUGCCCACAGUCAUGGGAAAGGCAGCAGGAAAAAUCGUGAUGAAUGCAGCGCUUGGAUUUGAUUCAUUCGUGGCAAUGCGUCAUGGAAUUUCCGGAGAAGGAGAUAAAGCAGCAGACCUUGGGUGCUAUUUCUGCAAUGAUGUUGUAGCGCCAGCGAAUUCUAUCAAGGAUCAAACGCUCGAUCAACAAUGUACAGUCACCCGCCCCGGUGUUGCCGCCAUCGCCUCAGCACUUCUGGUUGAACUUUUGGUCUCAGUCUUGCAACACCCAGAGGGUGUUUCUGCGCCAGCUCCCCUCAGUCAACGUGAUGAGCGUGGGGAUCACCCUCUUGGACUUGUCCCCCAUCAAAUACGUGGGUUCCUUGGAACAUUUGAAAACAUCGUAGUCACUGGCAAGAGCUAUCCCUGUUGUAGUGCCUGUUCCGAAAAGGUGAUAGCUGCGUAUCAGGAACAAGGUUGGGAUUUUGUGCGACGGGCUUUGAACCAGCCAGGAUAUGUGGAGGAGUUAAGUGGCCUGAAAGAGGUUCAAGAAAGGGCCGAAGCGGCACUGGCGGAUAUUGACUGGGAUGAAGUUGAAGAGAAUGAGAAGGCCGAGGACCUGUAG